AUGCCUCCUAGACGGGGCGCCCGUGGCCGUGGUGCUUGUGGUCGAGGUGCCCGUGAUACCCGUUCUACUCGAGCGCACCCCGCUCCCGCCAUUGAGGAUCCGAUUCCUAAGGUCUUGAUUCAGCCUCCGAUUGCACCUGUUCCCCCGGUUGCUCCAGUUCCCCCACCAGUUCUCCCAUCUGAGCCUGCUGUUCUGGUUACAGAGUCUCUAGCUCCUUCAGCUGCACCCGUGCCUCCGCCUGAGGCGAGUGCCGCUCCCGUGUUUCCGACAAUGUCAGUCGGUGCUGAGCAUUUCCAGCAGUUGAUGCAGGCCAUCACUGCUGCAUUGCAGACCCGUCAACCUACUGCCGCCCAGGAGCAGAGGGCUAUGGAGUUCGAGACCCUGGUCCAGGGGGAUAUGACAGUGUUGCAGUAUGAAGCUCGUUUCUUGGCCUUGUCUAGGUUUGCUCCUAUUCUCAUCAGUGAUGAGAUGAUGAGGGCACGCCGUUUCCAGAACGGUUUGCGACCUGCGCUCUGUAGUCGUGUGAGUUCCGGUGGAGACCAGAAGAGGAGAGCACCAACCAAUAGUUCCAGGCAGCACCGUCAGCAGAGACGAAGGGGUAAAUCAGAGUUUCUGCAGCCUGCGGCACAGACAGCAGCUUCCUCAUCAUCAUCAGUGCAGCCAGCCGCUUCAUCUUCCGGCCCUUUUUCCAGCGUUUCCUAUGGUUGUGGGUAG